GUACCAUCCUUAUUUGCGGUGAUCAGUGUCGUAUUGGAGGGCGCAAAAAAAAAUAAAUUUUUUUUUUGGUUCUCGAGUGCAUCACUUAUUUUUUCACGGUACUACGGAAUUUGUGACUUUUUUUUGUGGAUAUUCAUUUUUUGGAUAUGACUAUUAGGGUUCCAGCAGUAUUUUGCUGCCUAAUAGCCAGCGCGUAUGCAGCAAUCCUCGCCGGAGAAAACGCGUAUCUGCCACCAAAAGAAGGCUACAACUACCCCCGCCCUAACGUACCGUUUCCCAGUCCUAAUUUUCCUCCUCCUCCACGACCUCCUGCACCUCGUCCCACCCCCAGACCGACCUACAAGCCUCCAAGCACCAGACCUCCUUUAGCCACUGUACCGCCUCCGUUCGCCCCGUCUCCGAGCCCGUAUAGGCCUCCCUCAGGUCCAAGUACACCGUUUAGGCCUUUGCCCACUAGUCCACCACAGAGACCGGCUACUUACGUUCCGCCUCCGAGACCUACUGGACCUCCUGUAAGACCGCCAACAGGAAGAACGGAAACACCAGGUUACCUCCCACCACCAGGACCUAGACCGACCUACCGUCCGCCGACCUCACCCCCGUUCAGACCUCAACCUCAGCCCCCGAGACCUCAACCUCCACGACCUCAGCCUCCCACUUACUUACCACCCACGCCCACCAGGCCCACGCAACCUCCAUUUAGACCCUCGCCCACCUAUGGACCUGCUUUUAAGCCUACACCCUCACCACCACGAACUUACCCCACUAGGGGACCAGGAAUCGUCCCAGGGCAACCCAUACCCGGAAACGGAGAGAACGAUCAUUUACUACUUCCGCAUAAACCGGCCGAACCGUUCGACUUUAAAUAUGCAGUUAAAGACGAAUUCGGUAACGAUUAUUCGCAUAAUGCGAUCAACGACGGAGAUACGACCAAGGGGGAGUAUCGGGUUCAACUUCCGGAUGGUAGAGUGCAACUUGUUCAAUAUACCGCCAAUUGGGCCAGCGGAUUUCACGCUAAGAUAAGUUACGAAGGUCAGCCGACCUUCAGGCCAUCCCCGAGUUACCCGAGUCCAGGACCUGGACCUCAGCCACCCUCGAGACCCGGAGGACAGAAGUAUUCCCCCACCGGAGGUUAUAAAUAUUAAAUUACGAAUAAAUACGAUAUAAGUACCUUCUUAAACGUACUAAAGCCUUAGUACAAUUCAGAUAGAACAUUUCUUUUGGAUUAUUUUGAAAAAAAAUUGUAUGUAUGUGACGACUUUUGUAAAUAGUUUUGUAAUUGCUGCCAAUGAUAAGAUAUCUUCAUAUUAUGUCAUGGAAAAAUAUAUAAAUAAGUACAUAGUGUAUAUUUAUAUAUUUUUUUAGGUGUGUACAAUAUUCGUUAAAAAAGAAUUAUAUUUUUUAUAUUUUUUAGUGAUAUAUAAAUAAGUAAAUAAAUAUUUUUUUAAUAAAUGAUAAUCAGAGCUCUCUAAUAAUUAAUAAUGAUCUCCAGGAAAUUUUUUUUUUAACAUCAGCAUUGAAAUGGAGAAUAAACUUAAGACAUAGGAUUUACACUGUGACCCAUUUAUAAUUUUUUUAAAUAUAAAUAAAUAUUUUUUUUUAUA